AUGGCUAUCGACACCUCAAGAAUCGUAGAGUUUGUUCAGAUAAUCAACGAGACCUGGUCAUCACCACUUCAGAUUGCAGUCGCUAUGUAUUUAUUAUGGCAACAGUUAGGAAUAGCAUCCUUAGCCGGUCUGGGAGCGAUGCUGAUCCUCAUCCCAAUCAAUGGCUACAUAACCGGCAAAAUGCGUUACAUUACUAACAGACUUAUGUUACACAAAGACAAGAGGAUUAAGUUAAUGAACGAAAUACUGAGUGGUAUUAAAGUGUUGAAACUAUACGCUUGGGAACAGUCUUUCGACGACCAGGUGAUGGAGAAGCGUAACAAUGAGGUCAAACAGUUGACCACAAGGGCCUACUUCCAGGGUGCCAUGGUCUACAUAUUCAACUCGGCCACUUUUCUAUUUUCAGUGUCUAUAAAACGUAUCAAUAAGUAUAUGUCUGGCCAUGAGAUCGACUCCCAGUCCAUAACCCGCGAUAUAAAAAGCAAAGACGCUAUUGUCGUGGAGAAGGCGUCCUUUUCGUGGACCAAAUCCGAUAAUCAGACACUUUCUGACAUAACCCUAACUGUCCCCAAGAAUAAGCUGAUCGCAAUUGUGGGACAAGUCGGGGCCGGCAAGUCGUCCCUAUUACACGCCCUGUUGGGCGAUAUGAACAAGGUGAAGGGCACUAUCAAUAUCAAUGGCAGCGUAGCGUUUGUACCCCAACAGGCCUGGAUACAAAACGCUACCCUCAGACAAAAUAUCAUAUACACGAACCCUUUGGACGAGAAAAAGCUGAACAAAAUUAUAGAUAACUGCGCUCUGGUUCAGGAUCUCGAGAUACUUCCCGGCGGACAGACCACUGAGAUCGGCGAGAAAGGCAUCAAUUUGUCGGGGGGUCAGAAACAGAGGGUAUCGAUGGCGAGGGCCUGUUAUUCGGACUCCGAUGUCUACCUAUUGGACGACCCCUUAUCCGCAUUGGACGCCAAUGUAGGCAAACAUAUCUUUGACAAAGUCAUUGGACCCAAUGGUAUGCUCAAGAAUAAGACCAGAGUUUUGGUGACACACCGGAUAUCAGUCAACAGAUUUACGCUACUUUAUCACCAGUACUUCUUACCCGAGUAG